AUGGAAAAGGUACGGACAAUGUUUAAGAGCCGCGCGCGCCCCUCAAAGGAGGCUGCAGGUGCCCCUCCUACUACUGGGACUGAAGUAGAGAGUGAGAGCCGCCCUGCUGGCUUAGUGAAUACACCGGUUCCUCGACUGACAUGGCGAUCGCUGGUGAUGGGAGUUUUUGUGUCGAUGGGGGGAUUCCUCUUCGGUUAUGACACUGGCCAGAUCUCGGGAAUACUGGAGAUGGAAGAUUUCAAGAGACGGUUUGGUGAGCCCGGCCCCCAGGGCUACUCGUUCUCCCAUGUUCGUGCUGGAUUGAUUGUGGCGCUGCUUUCGGUUGGAACAUUGAUAGGUGCACUGAUAGCCGGUCCAUUGGCUGAUAGAGUUGGGCGAAAGUGGUCGAUAUGUUUCUGGUGCGGAGUCCUUUCAGCUGGUAUUAUCGUACAAAUAACUUCUCCAGAGCCAAAGUGGUAUCAGGUCGCCAUAGGACGUUGGGUUACUGGUCUAGGAGUUGGAUCCCUCUCUCUGCUUGUCCCGUUAUACCAGGGAGAGAGUGCUCCAAGGCAUAUUCGUGGUGCUCUAGUUAGUACCUAUCAACUCUUUAUCACACUCGGUAUUUUUAUUGCCAAUUGUAUCAACUAUGGAACAGAAGCUCGGCCAGACUCCAGCUCCUGGAGAAUUCCGAUGGGAGUCACCUUUAUCUGGGCUGCCAUCCUUGGCUUUGGCAUAGUUUUCUUCCCCGACACCCCCCGAUAUGACUACCGACACAAUCGAAUCGACAAGGCUAAGCGAACGAUGAUGAGGCUCAACGGAGUUCCAGAGAACCACGAAAAACUACAUGAGGAGUUUAACGAAAUUAGACGUCAGCAUGAAGAAGACCAGCUCACCAAAGAUCAACCGUGGUACCAGAUCUUUUUUGCACCAACUAUGCGCUCCAGGUUGCUUCUAGGAGUGACAUUGCAGGCCUUCCAGCAGUUAACGGGCGCAAACUACUUCUUCUACUACGGUACAUUCGUCUUUAGAGGCGCCGGUCUGAGUAACAGCUAUAUCACCCAGAUGAUUCUAGGUGCAGUUAACUUCGUUGCUACCUUCAUUGGAUUAUACAACAUCGAGCAUUUCGGAAGACGCAAAUCCCUGAUUGCCGGAGCUCUAUGGAUGUUCGUCUGUUUCAUCAUAUUUGCUUCUGUUGGCCACUUCGUACUUAAUCGCGAUGAUCCAUCAUUAACCCCCGGAGCCGGCAAGGUCAUGGUCGCCUUCUCGUGCCUAUUCAUUGUCGGGUUCGCAUGCACCUGGGGGCCAAUGGUGUGGGCCAUAAUCGCUGAAUUAUACCCAUCUAGAUACCGUGCUACCGCCAUGGCAAUGGCAACUGCAUCGAAUUGGCUGUGGAACUUCCUUCUGGCUUUCUUCACACCCUUUAUCGUUGGAGAGAUCGACUUCCUAUACGGCUUUGUGUUCGCAGGCUGUCUAAUGGUGGCCGCUGCUCUCGUUUACUUUGGUGUAAUUGAAGGUGCAGGGCGAACUCUUGAGGAAAUUGAUUUGAUGUACCAUUUACAUGUCAAGCCAUGGAAGAGCUCGAAGUAUGUGAUCCCCCCUUCUUUCCAGAGGAAUGGCAAUUCCAACGGAGAAAAUGGGACAUCUGCACCCGGCUCUCAAAAUCAACCCGCGGAGCUCUCUACUUAA